ACAGCAGCACCAAACGGCGCUAGUACUUUGGCACAAUCCAGCUCGGAACCGGUUACCAGACCCUCCGUCCUCGGCACUUAACCUCGGGGCAGCAAAGCUCAGCAACACCAGCUACUCACCUCCGCCUCUGACGCUUCAACCUGUCACCAAGGACUCCUGGAAGGGAGGCAGCUUCAUGGAACGAAAGAAAUGCCAGGACCCUGCCCAGACAGAAGCGGGCCAGCCUCAGCACCGGCAGCCAGCACGCAGAUAGCAGAGCCGUCCCCGGGGUGGAACCAUGAUUCCAGUGACAGAGCUCCGCUACUUCGCGGACACGCAGCCGGCGUACCGGAUCCUGAAGCCUUGGUGGGACGUGUUCACCGACUACAUCUCCAUUGUCAUGCUGAUGAUCGCGGUCUUCGGGGGCACGCUGCAGGUCACCCAGGACAAGAUGAUCUGCCUGCCUUGCAAGUGGGUCACCAAGGACUCCUGCAACGACUCUUUUCGGGGCUGGGUGGCCCCUGGCCCGGAGCCCUCCUACCCCAACUCGACUGCCCUUCCGAUCCCUGACACGGGCCCCACCGGCAUCAGGUAUGACUUGGACCGGCACCAGUACAACUACGUGGACGCCGUGUGCUAUGAGAACCGCCUGCACUGGUUUGCCAAGUACUUCCCUUACCUGGUGCUGCUGCACACACUCAUCUUCCUGGCCUGCAGCAACUUCUGGUUCAAGUUCCCACGCACCAGCUCGAAGCUGGAGCACUUUGUGUCCAUACUGCUCAAGUGCUUCGACUCGCCGUGGACCACGCGGGCCCUGUCGGAGACGGUGGUGGAGGAGAGCGAUCCCAAGCCGGCCUUUAGCAAGAUGAAUGGCUCCAUGGACAAGAAGUCGUCAACCGUCAGCGAGGACGUGGAGGCCACCGUGCCCAUGCUGCAGAGGACCAAGUCUCGGAUCGAGCAGGGCAUCGUGGACCGCUCAGAGACGGGCGUGCUGGACAAGAAGGAGGGGGAGCAGGCCAAGGCACUGUUCGAGAAGGUGAAGAAGUUCCGAACCCACGUGGAGGAGGGCGACAUCGUGUACCGCCUCUACAUGCGGCAGACCAUUAUCAAGGUGAUCAAGUUCAUCCUCAUCAUCUGCUACACCGUCUACUACGUGCACAACAUCAAGUUCGACGUGGACUGCACCGUGGACAUCGAGAGCUUGACGGGCUACCGCACUUACCGGUGUGCCCACCCCCUGGCCACGCUUUUCAAGAUCCUGGCGUCCUUUUACAUCAGCCUGGUCAUCUUCUACGGCCUCAUCUGCAUGUACACGCUGUGGUGGAUGCUGCGCCGCUCCCUCAAGAAGUACUCCUUCGAGUCCAUCCGCGAGGAGAGCAGCUACAGCGACAUCCCCGACGUCAAGAAUGACUUCGCCUUCAUGCUGCACCUCAUCGACCAGUACGACCCGCUCUACUCGAAGCGCUUUGCCGUCUUCCUGUCAGAGGUGAGCGAGAACAAGCUGCGGCAGCUGAACCUCAACAAUGAGUGGACGCUGGACAAGCUGCGGCAGCGGCUCACCAAGAACGCUCAGGACAAGCUGGAACUGCACCUGUUCAUGCUCAGUGGCAUCCCCGACACCGUGUUCGACCUGGUGGAGCUGGAGGUGCUGAAGCUGGAGCUCAUCCCGGACGUGACCAUCCCGCCCAGCAUCGCCCAGCUCACGGGCCUCCAGGAGCUGUGGCUGUACCACACGGCGGCCAAGAUCGAGGCGCCGGCCCUGGCCUUCCUGCGUGAGAACCUGCGGGCCCUGCACAUCAAGUUCACGGACAUCAAAGAGAUCCCGCUGUGGAUCUACAGCCUGAAGACGCUGGAGGAGCUGCACCUGACGGGCAACCUGAGUGCGGAGAACAACCGCUACAUCGUCAUCGAUGGGCUGCGUGAGCUCAAGCGCCUCAAGGUGCUGCGGCUCAAGAGCAACCUGAGCAAGCUGCCGCAGGUGGUCACGGACGUGGGUGUGCACCUGCAGAAGCUGUCCAUCAACAACGAGGGCACCAAGCUCAUCGUCCUCAACAGCCUCAAGAAGAUGGUGAACCUGACGGAGCUGGAGCUGAUCCGCUGUGACCUGGAGCGCAUCCCCCACUCCAUCUUUAGCCUCCACAACCUGCAGGAGAUUGACCUCAAGGACAACAACCUCAAGACCAUCGAGGAGAUCAUCAGCUUCCAGCACCUGCACCGCCUCACCUGCCUUAAGCUGUGGUACAACCACAUCGCCUACAUCCCCAUCCAGAUCGGCAACCUCACCAACCUCGAGCGCCUCUACCUGAACCGCAACAAGAUCGAGAAGAUCCCCCCACAGCUCUUCUACUGCCGCAAGCUGCGUUACCUGGACCUCAGCCACAACAACCUGACCUUCCUCCCCGCCGACAUCGGCCUCCUGCAGAGCCUUCAGAACCUGGCCGUCACGGCCAACCGGAUUGAGGCGCUGCCCCCAGAGCUCUUCCAGUGCCGGAAGCUGCGGGCCCUGCACCUGGGCAACAACGUGCUGCAGUCGCUGCCCUCACGGGUGGGCGAGCUGACCAACCUGACCCAGAUCGAGCUGCGGGGCAACCGGCUCGAGUGCCUGCCCGUGGAGCUGGGCGAGUGCCCGCUGCUCAAGCGCAGCGGCCUGGUGGUGGAGGAGGACCUGUUCAACACGCUGCCGCCCGAGGUGAAGGAGCGGCUGUGGAGGGCCGACAAGGAGCAGGCCUGAGCUGCGGCCGACUGCGAGCACAGGCCCGGCCUGCCGUGGCCAGCAGUGGGACCGCCGAGGCGGCCUCGGGGCCCAGGAACCCAGAAACCCUGGGACAGCCACCUCAGCCUCUCGGCCUGGGUUUGGAUGUGAGCGGGGCCAGGGCGGCAGGACAGUGCCUGAAGGGCUGGCCCCUUUCUCCCUCUGAGACUCAGCCCCCAGGGCAGGCGCCCGCUGGGGUGAUCAGAGACCUGUAAUCUGUCUCGCAGGGAGCCUGGUGUUGGGACGGCCUCCUCCCCAGAGGCCCCCUCUGCCCCGAGGCUGAGCCCGUGCCAGAGCUCCGGGAAGUCUCCAUAGCUCUUGGUAUUUAUUUCUCUCCACCUACCGCCCCUCCCUCCUGAUAACUGACACAUUCCCCAGAAAGUUCAGCUCCGGUGGGGGUGUUUAAGGAAGGGUGGGCUGUUCUGCUUUUCCGUUUGUGGCGAUGCUGCCCACAUUUAGUGCCCACACGGACUGGAGCGGCGUGGCCGGGUGGACCAGCAGCAGAUGGCGGCCCCAGCAGUGCCGGGCUGGGCUGUGUCAGCCCGGCCCGUGGGAGAGCAGGCCAUUGGGUGGAAAGGCCGGGCCUGGGGCUCGCCUCAUCAGUUUUAGAUUGUUUUUUUUUUUUUUUAAGUAACAACUUUUUUUAAACUUUGAAAAUUGAAGGUUUGGGUAUUAAAAAGAAAAAACUUUAAAAAAAAGCCCAAAGACACUAGCGGCCAGUGAGCUGGAGUCUCAGGGUGGGCGCAGGCAGCGGGACCCUGAGCUGUGCGCCCUUCCCCCAGGGCGCCUUCCGGGCCUGGCGCGGUCCUGGAGUUCCGUUGGCCCCUCUCCUCCCCCCCGGGUGGGGACUUCUGUUUUGUUUUUGGUGUCUUGUUUUCCUUCCCCUCCAUGUGUCCUGGCAGGCGCUCAUUUCUGUGGCUCUUGGCCAGAGGGAAUGUUCUGGAGCUGCCAAGAUUGGAGGAGACUCGGGCUGGCCGUCCCGGAUGAGCGGCGCUCCAUCCUCCCUGCCCCACAUCACAGUGUUGAGGAGCCGAGAGGAGCCACCUCGCCUGGACUCCACUUUCCCACCCCCUGUGUCCCGAGUCUGCCCAGUGCCACCGCCGGCCUCAGCUGCUCUCGUCAGCCGUGUCGCUACCGUGGGAAGCAAGGCCACUGGUGGGGAGGGCGGCCCUGGGAAAGCAGGCUGCUGGGCUUGGGUUCCAGUGUCUGUCCCAGGCGCCUGCUGGUGAGGAGCCACUUCGAUUUCGAUCAGUCACCUGGGUCCCCGCCUUAGAUCAACCACUUGGACACUAAGGCACAAAUUUAGCGUCUCUUGUCUUAAUGAUUCUGUCCAUUUGUCCAUUCGUGUUUUCUGCGGCAUAUCAUCGGAUGUGAUCCUCAGAGAUAACGCACACUAGCCUCUGGCAGCCACGAAGCAAUCCGUUACGUGUGGGUCUGAACUUGUAGACUCCAAUAUCCAAUAAACCUACCACAGAAAGUCGUCUCCGGGGGUCUCCAUGGGGCGGGAGCCUUCCCUCUGCUCUCUGAGGCCCCCCGGGCCCUGUGGACUAGUUUGUGGAGUGAUCAUUUAUUGGGCCCCUAGAAGAUAGCCACAUGUCUCCGCGCCCCGUGGACUGAGCUGGGGAGAGCACCUGCUACGUGUCAGGCAUGGCCGGGGGUUCCACGGCCGCCACGGCCAGCACUCCACCGCCCUGCGGGCCUGUGGUUUGGGCUCUUGUGAGCUGGGAGGGGCGGGGGCGGGGGCGGGGGCACUGGAAUGGGAGCCAGUGCUCCCAGGUCCCCGUCCCAGCUCGUCAUCCCUGCACGGAGCGGGGCAGACCCUUUCCCUCCCAUGGCCUCCACAGCCCCAUCUGUACGGUGGGGACGUCCUCUCUCUGCUCUCCUCAGUUCUUGGAAUUCCAGCAGCCAGUCCCAGGGCUCUGCACAGGUGGGGCUGGAGCGACCCUGGGAGGGCCUGACCUGCUCCCAGCCCCUUUGGGAGCCUACUGAAGGUGCUGGGGUCAAGGGCAGAGGCUCGGGGAGAUGGGCAGAACUGCCCUCAGAUCCUAGCUAUGCUGUUCUGAUGGUGCCCUCAGUGGCCGCAGUUCCCUCAUUUGUAAAAGUCAGGACGAUGCUGGCAGCCUUGCAGGGUUGUCCUGAGGCUCACUCAUGAUAACUCUGAAGGUGGGCGGGGUUUUCAGCAGAGGGCCUGGGUCCCUGUGGUAACAGUGAAGGAUAUUUUCCUCCUGAACCAGGGAGGCUCGUGCAGGGCUGGCCCUGGGGCCGGGGGCAGCCGUCUUUUGGUAAGGAAGAAAGGCCAUCGUGUCCGAUCUGGGCGUCAGUGGUGAGGCCUUAUCUGCUGCUUGGGCACCUCCUCUGUCCUCGCUCCAGGGACUCUGACCCCUCUAGAUGCCCUCGGGACUGAGCCAGGACCUUCUUCCUCUCUGCCUCUGGCAUGGGCUUCCUGGCGGGGAACAGCUGGGCCUGGACCCCCCUCUAAUGCCCAUCCUGAUCUGGUCUGGCUGCUCCCUACCACCUCCCACGCCUGCUCCCACCCCAGCCUUGGGGCUGCCCAGCAUCCAGCACAGGAGUGUUUGAUCUGGAGCUGGUUAGCUUUUGGAAAGCACAAACACCACCCACUCACUUCUAAAAGCAUGAGCAAAAUAAAUGGACAAAUUGUAGAAGGCACAGCCCCUCCCCCUCCCACCCCUUCCCCCAGUAUUCUCCACAGAAACCACAGUGGUGGUCUUUUCUCUGAUUGUAACAGCAGUUUGGAAAACUUGGGGAAAUUCAAAAGAUAAAAUACCCUCACAUUCUACCCAGAACAGCUUCUGCUAGUUUUCAGAGAAGAGUGGGUAAGGCAUUCACCAAGUGCCAGGCCCUGUGCCAAGCUCUUAAUUAGAAGUAUCCACCUUCCUCAUAAGAGAUACUUGUGUUAUCCGCAAAUUACAGAUGGGGAAAGUGAGGCUGGGUGUGGACAGAACCCAGGCUCCCCCUGAGCCUCCACUUCGAGCUCGUGGUGCAGUUCCCAAGGGGGCUGUCCAUCCAGCGUGAUGGACCCUCGCCCUGCUGCGGCACAUGACUCAGUAUUCGCCGGGUGGCUGCACCAGGGGGGCCAGGACAGCGGGUGAGCGAGCGAACGAUUCUCGGCUGUUUCUCAUGGCUCUGUCUUCGGCCGCUCCGCCUCCUAGCCUAACCCUGUGACCCUCUUGUCCCCUAACCCUCCUGGGACCAAGCAGCCACUCCCAGAGCAGUAGCCCAAACAACAGUUUGACUCUGGGCCAAGGCUCCAGAGGGCUGAGCUAGCUGUCCCUGCACUCCUGAGACACACUGUCCCUUUGCCAUUCAGAUAGCGUCAUUUCAAGAAAGGCCAGUGGCCGGUUCCCAGAAGUUGAAGCCAGAAGGGCUUGUCUGCAGCUGUGCAGGCUGGCUAGAAGGGUGGGUGGGCACGUGUGUGUGCAUGUGCUAGCCCCCCACCCCCCCCCGCUGCACCCCCUAACUCCAGACACCAAACCUCUUGGGCCUGGGGGUGGGGAACAGGAACCAUGGCUUACUCAUGCUGAAGACCCAGGCAUGAGAUCCUCCUCCUAAGAUCCCCCUUAUCUCCUGCCUUCCUUGAGCUACAGACUGAUCGGCACACUCCCUUCCAUAACCCUGCCAGGACCUGGAGUUUCAGAGCUGGGAGGGGCCCAGACAGUUCCCUGAAGACUUCCUUUAUCUCGUCAGUGCAAAGCCAGUGAGGGCUGGUCUGGUGUGCCUGGCCCCCCUGCAGUUUCCCCCACCCAGAUGAUACUGGUGACCCGGGACUGGUCACAGUUAGUGGCAUGCAGGCUGGUGCUCUUGUCUGCCCAGCCUCUUAGCCCAGAUACUUCAGGAAUUCAACUCCUGGAUCCCCCCGGAAGCAGCCAGCCCCUGCCCCCAGGGAGGAGCAGUGAAAAGCAUGAAGAAGGUCUGGGAGAGCUCAGCCUGGGCUCUUUGCACUCUGCCCUCCUGACUUUGUUCCGCACCAGCCUGAGCACAGAGCCACCCGGCUGCCCAGCUUCUUCCUCAUGGCCGGCCUGAGCCCUGAGCAGCUCCAGAAG